GCCAUCAGGUCCACAUCACACAGACAGAGAGAGAGAGAGAGAGAGAGAGAGAUAUGGAACAGCUGGAAACAUUUCUAAUCUCUGUUUGUAUUAUAAAUCAGAAAUAAACGCGUUUUGUGGGAAUGCGUUAAUAAGGACAUAAGGAAAUAAUUAAUUCCGGGUUCAGAAGCGUUCACACGGUUUGGGAUACGGCUCUGUACCCUGGCAUGUUCUCAGACACCAUGGACUACGAGCUAGAGGAAGAUAAACUCGGGAUUCCCACAGUUCCUGGAACAGUGACAUUGAAGAAGGAUGCACAGAACCUGAUUGGGAUCAGUAUAGGGGGAGGGGCUCAGUACUGCCCCUGUCUCUACAUCGUACAGGUGUUUGAUAACACUCCAGCAGCACUGGAUGGGACAUUAGCAGCAGGUGAUGAGAUCACAGGUGUAAACGGUAAACCAGUGAAGGGCAAGACCAAGGUGGAGGUGGCCAAGAUGAUUCAGGCUGUACAGGGUGAAGCAGUGAUACACUACAAUAAACUGCAGGCUGACCCCAAACAGGGCAAAUCCCUGGAUAUUGUGUUGAAGAAGGUGAAGCACCGAUUGGUGGAGAAUAUGAGCUCAGGAACAGCAGAUGCACUUGGACUGAGUAGAGCCAUCCUCUGUAACGAUGGACUAGUAAAGAAACUGGAUGAACUGGAGAAAACUGCAGAGCUGUACAAAGGGUUAAUGGAACACAGUAAACAGUUACUCAGAGCAUUCUUUGAGCUCUCACAGACGCACAGAGCGUUUGGUGACGUGUUCUCUGUGAUCGGUGUUCGAGAGCCUCAGGCUGCAGCCAGUGAGGCGUUUGUAAAAUUUGCAGAAGCUCAUCGUAACAUUGAGAAAUACGGCAUCCAGCUGCUCAAAACCAUCAAACCUAUGCUGCAUGAUCUGAACACCUACCUUCACAAAGCGAUUCCAGACACCAAACUGACCAUCCGUAAAUACCUGGACGUCAAGUUCGAGUACCUGUCAUACUGUCUGAAGGUGAAGGAGAUGGAUGAUGAGGAGUACAGCUGCAUCGCGCUGGGAGAGCCGCUGUACCGAGUUAGCACGGGAAAUUAUGAGUAUCGUCUGAUCCUGCGCUGUCGACAGGAAGCUCGCUCUCGAUUUGCAAAAAUGCGUAAAGAUGUUCUGGAGAAGAUCGAGCUGCUGGACCAGAAACAUGUUCAGGACAUUGUGUUCCAGCUGCAGAGGUUCGUCUCGGGGAUGUCGCGUUACUAUGACGAGUGUUACGCUGUGCUGAAGGAGGCCGACGUCUUCCCCAUCGAGGUGGACCUCUCGCGCACCACCCUCAACUACACCGGCCCAAACUACGAGGAGGAGGAUGAGGAGGGUGAGGAAGAGCGAGGAGAGGAGGAGAAGAACGAACAGACUGAGAACGGAGCAGAGAAACUGAUCGAUGACGAAUGAGUGGAGAACAGUGGAAGAGAGAGAGAGUAAUACUGAUGCCGAACGAGUGUGUAUUGUUUGUGUUAUAUUUUCACACAUUCCUGCUGUGUGUGUGUGUGUGUGUGUGUGUGUGUGUGUGUGUGUGUGUGUGUGUGUGUGUGUGUGAGACUCUAAUGUGAGCUUCGUCCCAAAUUUCAGCAUAUAAUAGUCUACAGUAACCCAACCAAGUAUUCGAGGAUGAACCGGAUGACCCGAGGAUGAAGUGUCGAUUUCGUGCCGUUUGGGAUGCAGCCCUGGGCUUUAUUUCUACUUGUAUAUUUAGUACACUGGACUAACUCUUUCAAAACUUCUAUCAACAUGGAUAUUAAAGCUCUAAUUCAUCUUUAGUGUGUGGAAAUAAUCAGUCUUUGUCUUUAUUAUGGGUUUAUUAUUUCUUGUGUACUGAUUCCUGUGACAUCAGUCAUAUCCCUUGUUUAUUAAAUCUUUAUUUCUUAUAUCUUUCUGUGUAUUUAAAUGUUCCAGGUAUGAAGAUGUUACUGAAAACCUGUACUAAUGAUUUACAAAAAGCUACUAUUGUCAAAGAAAUUAAAAAUGUUUAUGGCAAA